CUCAUAGACUAACUCUAGAUAGUAUUUUCCUCCCCUUGGUCGGAUAGUUGAAAAUCGCUGCUUGUCGUUAGCUUUGAAAGACAGUUGAAUUUUGCUAGACGUUCCUCAAUGGAGAGUCUCUCAUCUUUCCAGAGCUUGCAGGCGCUCUCAGCUCUGCUCUCUCCCCAACAGGAGGAUGGUGAGGAUGAUUGCAAAAUAGUGCCACCCUCUGCCCACCUGGGUCCAGGACAUGUUGGCCCUCCUCCUAAAACCAACAAAGAUAAAGAGGUAUCAACUGCUUACAUGAAGGAGAACAGUAAAAAUAUCUGGAGUGAAGAGGAGGUGGCAGAGGGCUCCCAGUAUGAUGACCUGGCUGAUCCACGACCACAGCCUGAGUAUGAAAUAAUCCUGAAGCAGAACGUGGGCACCGAGGAUCUGUUCUUGGGCUUGAGUAGGAAAGAUCCAUCAUCCAUGUGCUGUGAAGCCAUGCUGGUGAAAGUCAAACUACCAGAUACUAAAGCUACAGAUUUGGUCCUCGAUAUAAAGGAGAAGUUUCUUGAUCUGCGAACGCCAAAAUAUAAACUAGGCCUCCAUUUGCCCCACCCGGUCCACAGCCAAGAGGGGAAGGCCCAGUACUAUAGUGAGAAAGAAGAACUGCAGGUGACUUUAUUGAUGAACCGCCCUAUGGACUCAGUCAACCUGCAAUAAGAAAGGGAAAUACUAGAUGUUGAUUACUUGAAAGGCAGAAUAGUUAUUAUAACAAAGCAACGGUGAAAUUUACUCUGUGAUGUCUUUUGUGCUUUUUCAGUGUGACGUCUCAGAGCAGAGAAUGAUAGGGGGACUGCCAGGGUACAUGUAGUUACUAAUUAUCAAUUUCCCGCAUAGUAAAA